UAAAUAUCUAUAUAUAUAUGAUUACUUUUACGGACACAAUAUUGCCUUCAUAUAAGCACCACCGACCGCCGCUUUCGUUAUCCACAUUCAACCGACCUCCGUGUUCUUGUUCGCAAAAGAAAGAAAAAAUGGCUUCAUCUUUACUGUUUCCACUCGGUGCUGCAUUUUCUAAAUGCUUGUCUACCAAUAGGCAUACCAUUUCCGGAGGCAAAAUUCGAGCUGCAAAUGUGCAAUGCACAUAUUCAGAAUUUAGAGCAAGAGCUUCAAUGACUAUGGAAAAUGGGGAUGAGUUGACCUUAGUUAAGCGCAGGAACGUGAUUGGGUUGGUAUUGGGUGCUUCAAUCCUGUUGAUUAACUCAUUUAAUGCUGAUGGAGCUGGACUUCCCCCUGAGGAAAAACCAAGAUUAUGUGAUGAUGCUUGUGAAAAGGAGCUUGAAAAUGUACCUAUGGUAACUACUGAGUCUGGUUUGCAGUAUAAAGAUAUUAAAGUUGGUGAAGGCCCCAGUCCCCCAGUUGGUUUUCAGGUGGCUGCAAAUUAUGUUGCCAUGGUUCCAUCUGGACAAAUAUUUGACAGUUCACUGGAGAAAGGUCUGCCUUAUCUCUUUCGGGUUGGGUCUGGUCAGGUGAUCAAGGGACUUGAUGAAGGGAUCCUGAGCAUGAAAAUUGGAGGCAAACGUCGACUGUACAUUCCUGGAUCAUUGGCGUUCCCGAAAGGUCUCACUUCAGCUCCUGGAAGGCCAAGGGUGGCUCCUAAUAGUCCAGUUAUUUUUGACGUGAGUUUGGAGUACAUACCAGGCCUUGAGGUCGAAGAAGAAUAGAAUCUAAUUGAAUUGAAUUAUUGACAUCUUCCUUCCUUCCUUCCUUGCCAGUCUUCUUUUAAUUAUGAGAUCUCUAAAAGAGGUCCGUUAUUUAUAUCAGCAUUUGUAUUAUAAUAAUACAAUACUCCUACUUCCAUUUAUUCAUUCUUUGUACUAAAUGUAUAACCAGUAUUUACCCUUUGUGCAUGAGUCUUUUGUUCA